AUGAAGUGAGUAGUCACACUGUUGUGUCCUCAGUACACUUACAGCACUCCUAUGGUGAUUCCAAAUCAAUGUAUCUGCUCCACUAUGGUAAUGUGACUGUGUUUUACCUGUCUCUCUCCAGACACAUGCCCAAGACGGUGGAGGAGUCUCUGCUUGGCGACCACAGUGACUCGUGGAUUGACACAGACUGCCCUGAGGCCAAGAGACUGAAGGUUGAGGAGCCCAGCAUCCUGUCAGACAGUGAAGACACUGUAGACUGUAGACAGUGGACCCAGCACCACCUAGCGGCUGCAGACAUCCGUAUGCCCCCCUCCAUGGCCCUCACCCCGCCCCAGGGAGAGUUCGACCAGGACUGCAUGGACGUCAACGUCCGAGGACCUGGUCAGUAUUGAAAUAAAUCACAUGGAAUGUUGUUGUGUCAUGUGCAGGGGGAUGCGUCUGGAUUGGAAUCCUUGAGACAGUAGUAUAUCAUUUUUUAAAAACUCCUCCUGAUUCAUAUUCCCACUGUUUAUUGUUAGUUGCUACAUUUGAUCUUUUUGAUAUGUUCCUGUCUGUUAUGUAUUGGGUUGACACAUUGACUGACCCUGUGCCUCUCCCUUCCUUCUCUCCACCAGACGGUUUCACCCCUCUGAUGCUGGCGUCGUUCUGCGGAGGCGGUCUGGAGCCCGAGCUCCCCGAGGAGGAGGAGUCAGAGGAGUGUUCUGCCAACAUCAUCUCUGACCUCAUCUACCAGGGCGCCACAUUGGCCGCCCAGACGGACCGCACCGGAGAGACCGCCCUUCAUCUGGCUGCCCGCUACGCCCGCGCUGACGCUGCCAAGCGGCUGUUGGACGCCGGGGCCGACGCCAAUGCACAGGACAACACAGGCCGCACGCCGCUACACGCUGCCGUGGCCGCCGACGCCCAGGGGGUGUUCCAGGUAAAUACACACACACUUUUCAAAUGCUUAAUGUUGAAGUUAUAUCUUCACAUUUACUCAAUGUAUACCUCAUAAUUACACAUGUAAGACUUGACUUUGCUACUACUUACACUAGUCCACUUGCUGAGUUGACUGUUGUCUCAUCUGCCAGACUGACAUGUUAUUUCUCCCUGUCUGUCCUGGUUAGAUUCUGAUCAGGACCCGGGCCACAGACCUGGACUCUCGUAUGUACGACGGCUCCACCGCCCUGAUCCUGGCUGCCCGCCUGGCUGUAGAGGGCAUGGUGGAGGAACUCAUCACCUGCCAUGCAGACAUCAACGCUGUCGACGAACUGGGUAUGUGAUUGGCCAAACUAGUGUGUACAGUGCAGCAUAAUGUGUGUGUGUGUGUGUGUGUGUUGAAGAGAGAGUUCAUGCAGUUGAAUGGUGAUACUGUGUUUAGUGGUAAGAGGUAGGAGGAGUAACAACAGUGUGUGUUCCUCUCAUCCAAGGUAAAUCUGCUCUGCACUGGGCAGCUGCUGUCAACAACAUGGAGGCCACCAUGGCCCUGCUGAAAAACGGAGCCAACAAAGACAUGCAGGACCUCAAGGUACACACAGCCCUCCACCUAUAUCUACAGCUGUCAGCUACCCACAGUGAUACAAUCUUGAAUAUAUAGAGAGAUAUUGGGGAGCAAACAUGUCUAAUUUUCUCUUUCUCUCUCUCUCUCUCUGUAUAUUAGGAGGAGACCCCUCUCUUCCUGGCGGCGCGUGAGGGUAGUUGUGAGGCAGUCAAGAUCCUCCUGGCCCACUUCGCCAACAGGGAGAUAACCGACCAUAUGGACCGUCUGCCUCGGGACAUCGCCCAGGAGCGAAUGCACCAUGACAUUGUUCAGCUGCUGGAUGAGUACAACACAGUGAGGAGCCCCCAGGGCCACGGAGGGGCCCCACACCACCUGGCCGGGGCACACACCUUGUCCCCCCUCAUGUGUCCCCCCAGCGCCUUCAUGCCCGGCCUGAAGAACACCCCCCAGGGGAAGAAGAGUCGCCGCCCCGGGGCCAAGGGUUCAGGUCUGGGAGGGCAGCAUGCCCAGAACCUCAAGGAUUCAGCUAAGGCCCGCAACAAGAAGCUGACCCUGGACAUGCAGAGCGCCCUGCUGGAGAGCUCUGUCACCCUGUCCCCCGUCGACUCCCUGGACUCCCCCCGCGGAGGGGCCAACAAUGCCGGCUACAUCACCAACCCCUGCUCCCCGGUGGCCAUGCCCUCCUCUGGGCUCUUCCACUCCUCCAUGUCAGUGCCCAGCACUCCCAUGGUGCACAGCAGCAUGAUGGACGGCUCUGGCCCCUUCGCUGUGUCUCUGGCCCAGCUCAACGACCUGGGAGAUGGAGGCAUGUCCAUGCAGGGCCGCGUGUCCAUGGCCAGCCAGGUCAACCAGGGCCCCCACGGCUACGUGCUCAACGCCGGCCAGCUGGGGCUCAACAUGGGCCUGGUGAGCCCUGUCAGCGUGCCCUUCGACUGGCACAGCCGCAUGCCCCCCUCCUCCCAGUGCGGGGGACAGGUGGUGAACCUGGUCCACAGCAGCCAGGCGGGCAUGCACCCUCAGAGCCCCAUGCAGCAGCAGCAGAACAGCCUCAUGAUGCAGCAGCACCAGCAGCACCAGCAGCACCUGUACCGCAGCGCCCAGCAGGCCAUGCUGCAGCCCACGCCUGUCAUCUCCAGCACGCCCAUCUCCCUCAGCCCUGUCAAGCUGCCCUCCAUCGCAGAGCAGCAGCAGCAGCUCCACAACCACUCCAUGGCCAGCCAGCAGAGCCUCCGCAUGGGCACCUCCUCCCCACCCACCCCCCAGACGACACAGCCCCCUCCAGCCUUCUUCCAGCAGCAGCAGCCCCCCGGGCAGCAGCAGCCUCCUCAGCCCCAGCCAGCCCCUCAGCCCACCUCUCCCCAGGCCUCCCAGGCCCCUCCUCCCCAGGCCAGUGGCAGCACUGCAGGCUUGGAGGACUACCCCACCCCACCCUCCCAGCACAGCUACUCCUCCGCCCUGGAUGCCACCCCCAAGCAUUACCUCCGCCUGCCCAGCGAGCAUCCCUACCUGACCCCCUCCCCAGAGUCGCCCGAGCCCUGGUCCAGCCCCUCACCCCACUGUGUGUCUGAUUGGUCAGACUCCACCCCCAGCCCGGCGGUGGCCGGUCCUGCCCAAACCCAGAUCCCCCAUGUCCAGGAGUCCAACGGCAAGAUGCAGGUGUUUGCAUGAACCCCCAAGGCACCUGGUUAACACAUGGUUAACAGAGACCUGCCUGGGGGAGAGGAGAGAGGAGACGACUGGCUGUAAAGGCCUGUGUGUCUCGAGUUUAUGUGUCAGACUGGUUCCAAGAUUUUCAUUGGAUUUGGAUUGACUGUGUUUUUUGCAGAGAAAGAGUAAAGGGAAAUGUGUGUUGUCUGGAUAUAAAAGAGCAGACAAUUUAAUGAAGUAAGACUUAUUCUGUCACAGAUGGACUUGUUUUUUUAUUAUUAUAAAAAGUAUAUGAAGAAAACGAAGUCUUUCAUUUCAAAGACUUAGGGACGCUCUCCUGAAAAACUAACAAACUUUUUAAAAAGUAGAUAAAAGAAAGAAAAAAGAAAAAAUGUUGAAGGGAAUUCCUUUAUUUUUAUUUAUUGUUUUUUUUGUGUUUCUCAGAACUGCCUUUUCAGGUGUUUUCUCAGUCUCUUUCUGUCCUGCCCUCUCACACAGUGUUUCACACUCACCUGUUACAUGGAACACGGCUUGGGCUCACCUGAGGCCAGUGGUGUUAUAAGGAAAACUACUAGUGAUUCACUCACUCACUCCCCAUCACCACCAGUGUCUAACACACCGUAGGCAGAUCAACAUGGGGUUCAGACAGAAAGAGGAAGAGGUCUCGCCUCUCUUGACUGAUGUUAUUUAUUUAGGCCAACAGGUAAAACGAUCAGAUUGGCUUAGGAACAAAUAUGUACUCUUUUAAGUUGGCUGUCAUUAGUGAUAUUAUGUUCUGAUUUGAUGAACUAGGAAAAAAAGAACUGAUUACAUUCCAUGGAAGUAUUAUUUGUAAGAAUGUAGAAUGAUGGGCGUCUCUGAAGCACUUCACGGGACAAAGCGUUUGGAGGGAGGGUGAUCGUGAGGUGGGGUUCUGACAUUGCAAUGAAGCACUCUGCUUAUCCACACACACAGAGCCAGGAAGGCAUUUAAACAUUCAUUACAGUACGUUCAUUGGCCAGUGUUCAGUCAGACAGACAGACAACUAAACAAAAACAGUGAUGUGUUAAAGUUUCAACUUCAGCCACGUUCUUCCCCAGGCUGUCUGGGUGAGUGUCAGUCCCACGCAUGGCUCGAGUCAUCCUCCUGGUCAUGUCUCAUUGGUCCUGGUCUAAAGGGUCAGCCUACCACUGUCAGUGUAAACCCACCCAUUCUGCCAUCACUACUUAAGUCAUAGCUUGUUUUCACUCAUUCUGAACAUUCAUUCAGAUGAGGGCAUUAUUAUUUUGCCAAUUUUAAAUCAGCCUGUCACUGCCCUUUAGUUUUUACUCAGUUAUGUGUUUGUUUUUUAUAUACUGUAUAUGUGUUGACACCAUGGUUACCUUUUUGAACAUCUCCUCGGUGUACUAAGCUAUGUUUAUCGGCUGCUAUUCUUUUACCACUCCCCUGCAAACAUUCCUGCAUGUUGCCUGUCAGUGUGAUAGCAUGUUUUUUACUGGUUCUAUUCUAUUAUUUGACCCCUGGUCCUGUUUUUGUGUAGCCUGAGUCCCACAUCUGUUUGUGCUCUCUUGCCUACUCCAUUGCUGUCAUUGUUAUGCGUGCAAGACCGCACACAUAGAUCUGGGACUCAGGCUAGCUGUUGUGUUGGCCAAUAGACGCACAUUCUCUUGCGGUUCCAUUGGUAAUUGAGGUGUUGGUAUGUUCUCUCUCCUGUGGUUCAGUUAUGGAUAAGUCUGUGGACUGAUUCCAACUCUGGUGCGGUCCAGUCGUGGUCAGUCAGUCAGUCGGCCAGUGUGAGGGCGUGGCUGGUGGGUUGGGACUGCUAGUGCUCUGUCACUCCUCAGGGAGGUGUUAUACUACGGCAUGCAGAGGAGCGUUCCCCUGCAUCUUUAGCAGCUUGCACCCCACCAGCCACGGAGAGGACAUUUAGACAUGACUUGUUAGAAGACGUGGAAGGAGAGAACACUACUAUGUAGUGCUGCACCCUCUACUGUAGCUCUUUACUAUGGAUGUCACUCCCCAGUGAUCCAACUAACCCUCACAACCACACCACUGCUGCUCCCUGGCUAGGAUACUUACUACUGGAGAUGUAGUACUUACUACUGGGAAAGCCAAUCACCUCUAUGCCCACCAGAUCCUCCUCCCCUGUUUGGCUUCAUUACUAUGUUUCCUUCACUGGUCCAAGCCUGUUCACUAUAACCAGCUACUACAGUAGAGUCAGACAUGGGAGGUUUCUGGGUUGGACUGAUACUAGGUUCAGAUUCCAGUUCAGGGUUCAUUUAGUGAAGUAUCUAUUUGUUGUCCUUUGAUUUCCUUUCCUGGCCACACUACUAUGUUCUGUCUCUACAUUUCAGAUAUCCCAACUUCUGUCUGUAA